GAGUUUUUACAAAUUAGUGAAAAAUUAGUGAAAAAGUGUUAAAACCUAAAAAUGUCUGCAUUCAAAGCCGAAAUCGAGUUUCUCUAAGCCUUGAGACUAGACUAAGUCGUGAAAUCAAUAGUGAAAACUCAGUUCAGAUGAUCAUUAUUUUUUCCGCUGUGGUUCCCUAAUUAAUGUGAUCAAUUAUUUUAAUUUUGUAAGGGAAAUUUGGAAGAACAAACCUGAUAAUCUAUAAUCUCUGUCUGACAUAUCAUAUAUUAAUAUCAUAUAUUUAUAUCUGUGAUCAUCGCACGAAACCCAACUGCUUUCAACUGUAAUUUGAGCUACGACGAAAUGGUGGCCAAUGGAGACACAAAACCGUCUGACAUAUCGAAUGCGCUGGAAUAUCCGCAAAUGCAGCAACCAGCGCAGAAAAAGAAGCGUUUGAGUUGGUCCGAAAGAUUAAAUGUUAUAAUACGCAACAUAACUGUUGAACCGAUGCUCGCCUGCUAUAUAAUGCCCAGUGUCCUCUCCAGUUUGGCUACGCAGAAUCUAAAUUUGGAGAAGGCAUGCCGAGUGAAUAUGAAUUAUGGUGAUACGGUUUGCGAUGCACUGACGCGUAGAGAAACGGCCAACUACACUCUUGAAGAAGAAACCGUCCAGCAAAUGGUAGCACGUAUGGUUGCAUGGAAAACGAUUAUUCAAUCACUUUUUCCUUGCUUGCUGAUUUUAUUCUGGGGUUCAUGGAGCGAUCGUCAUCAUCGACGAAAGCCCUGCAUAUUAAUACCGAUUGUGGGUGAGUUCAUUGGCAUUGUAGGCUUAAUGCUUUGCGUGUAUUAUGAGCGUACACCCAUGCAAGUUGUGGCAUUGGCAGAAUCGAUAGCACCAUCUCUUAGUGGUGGCUGGUUUACAAUGUUAAUGGGGGUCUUCAGUUAUAUAGCUGAUAUAACCACCGAAGAGCAGCGUACGUUGCGUGUGGGUAUAUUAAAUGUUUGCUUUUCGGUGGGUGUUCCCAUUGGUAUGGCGUUUAGUGGAGUACUAUUGAAAAAAAUUGGUUUCUAUGGUAUUUUCUCUAUAUCAGCAACAUUGUACCUCCUAUCCUUCUUUUAUGGUCUUUUCUAUUUACCUGAAUCAAGACCAAAACCCGAAAAAAGUGCAGAGAUAUCAGAACGGAAAAGCCUGUUGCGUGAUUUCUUCGAUAAGAAACACGUUGUAGACACAUUCAAAGUGGCAUUUAAGCGGGGUGAAAAUCAGCGCAGAAAGCGUGUUAUUCUUCUCAUGAUUGUAGUCAUGAUAGUCAUUGGUCCGCUACAUGGUGAACUGACUGUCACAUACCUCUUCACAAGAUAUCGUUUUAACUGGAAUGAGGUGGACUUCAGUAUUUUUUCCACUUUCGCUCUUCUCACAGGUUUAGUGGGUGUGCUCUUCUGUGUGGGUGUACUUUCGCACAAACUUAGAAUCGAUGAUGCUUUAGUGGGUGUCAUCUCCAGUACAUCGAAAAUUCUCUCUGGUUUUGUUUAUGCAUUCGCAACAGUGCCUUGGCAUAUGUAUUUGGGAGGUGUUGUAGAAAUUUUCAAUGGCACCUCCUUCAUAGCGAUGCGAUCGAUUGCCACGAAGUUAGUGAACAAAGAUGAGCUGGGGAAAGUGAAUUCCCUGUUUGGUGUUGCAGAGGCUUUGAUGCCUAUGGUUUUUGGUCCAAUGUAUACCACACUCUAUGCAGCUACUCUUACCACUCUGCCGGGUGCUUUUUAUUUGCUUGGCGGUGCUUUAACGGUGCUGUCUGUUAUAAUAUUUUUGUGGAUGUACAACUUCCAACGAAAAAUGAAUCGGCUAAGACAAAACUCUGAUCAGGAGAGCGUGAAAGUGGAACAGUCUACGGACACGAAUGGCAAUAUAAAUACAAUUGAAGCUAUUGCCAUUGCCAGUGAGGCGAGGGGCAAAAUGAAUGCUGUUGUUACAAAUGUGAUACAUGAGAAUUUAGAGCAUGUGGACUCUGUGGAGGCGGAGGGCAAACAGAAACCGCAGCUCAAUGGUGUAGAUAAUAAGGCAUAUAUGCUAGAUGCUGGAGAUGAAAAGCCUACAAAGCUUUGAAUUUUGUGAUGAUUUUUAGUAUUAGUCAAAAAAAGAUUUUUAUUUUUAUUUUUAUUGAAACCAAAAUUUUAAGUUUAGUUUAAAUUUUAA